AUGAAAUUCAAGUUGGUACAUAACAAAGAAAUUCAUCUUGUAAAACUAGAUAACCCAACACUUUCAGCACUCAAAGCACAUGUUAAGAAAGUUUAUCCAUAAAUUAAUUCAAACUUCAAAUUAACAUACUUUGAUAAUGAAAAUGAUGAAAUAUCUCUUAGCUGUUAAGAGGAUUUACAAAUUUUAAUUGAUGAAGCUCAUCAUACUGUUAAAUUGUAAGUUGUAGAAUAAUUGAUACCUUCAUAAAUAGAAUAAAAGAUGAUUCAUUCUUAUCACACUUGUGAUGGUUGUUAAAAACAUCCUAUUAUUGGUUCUAGAUUUAAAUGUCUUGAAUGUCCAGAUUUUGAUUUAUGUGAAUCAUGCCAAUCUAAAAAUCUUCAUAAUAAUCAUAAACUAUUCAAAAUUAGUAACUCUUAAGAAUUAGAAGAUUUCUAAAAAUCUCAUUCUUAAAAAUAAAAACCAUUUAUUCAUAGAGAAUUUCAUCAUGUAGGUCCUUUUCCUCAUAUCUUUAAUCACUUUAUGUAGAUUAUUGAAAACCCUAAAUUUAAGGAAAUCAAAGAAACAGCUAGUACUGUUGCUUCAGAUUUAAUCAAUGUGAUUAAAACUUAAAUGGAAAUUCAAAAAGUUUAAGAAUAAGAAAAACCAUAAGAAUAGACUUAAUAAUUUGAUCAAUUGGAUUUCCCAUAAACUUGUGAAGUUUAAGUUGAUUAAACUUAAUAAAUUAAAGAGGAUAUAUAAGUCUCAUAACCUGAAAUUUAAGAGUCAGUCUAAGUAUAAGAACCUGUUAAUAAUGAAUUAUAAGAUAAAGUAAAACUAUUAGCCCAAAUCGUUGAUUGCAGUGAACAACUAGCCAGAGAAUACGUGGAAUUAUUUAAAGAAUUGCCUUUGGAAGACAUAGUUGAUAUAAUAUAUAACUAAAAAUGAU